AUGGGCCCCUGUACCGCCUCCUCAUGCUGCUGCCAGGCCCGUAAUCUGCCAUGGGCCCCCGUACCUACUCCUCAUGCUGCUGCCAGGCCCGUAAUCUGUCAUGGGCCCCUGUACCGCCUCCUCAUGCUGCUGACAGGUCCAGAGUGUGUCAUGGGUCCCUGUACGGCCUCCCAUUGCUGCUGUCUCCAUCGCCACACUCUGCCAUGUGCCACUUUCAGGUCUCCUCACACUGCUGGUGGUUUCCAUUUUUGUCAUAGGGUGCUGUAUGGCCUCCCAUUGCUGCUGCCUCCACCGCCACACUGUGGCUCCACACUCUGGUUUUGGCCCCGUGACUGCCCAAAUGAGUGAAGUGUGCGGUGAUUCUAAGAUCGACGGCACUCAUCUGCAUGUCAUACUGACUGUCAGUAUUAUUUCUCUUCCCCAGCAGACUCCAAGGGCAUUUAAAUUAAAGGUACAGUGUUCUGCACUAAUAUAA